GUGAUGAAUGAGGUGCCACAUGGACUCGCCACAAUUGAUAAAAGCACCUCCACUCUGGACCUCCACCUCAGAGAGUCCCUUCGUGAUGACACACCGAUGACCCCUCGACCUCUCUUGAACCUCACAUCUCAUUGAGCCAAUCAUAAGAAGAACGCAGAGGAAAGCCUCACACUACCACCAUUUCUUCGUCUAUUCUGAACAAACUCGGCAAGAUGUCUCGUGCUGCCGUACACAGUUGCACCCUCAACACGGGGGCAAAGAUGCCAGCUGUCGGUGUCGGCUGCUGGUUCCAACGACCUGUCGAAGCUGAGAAUCAGGAAACCUAUGAUAUGGUGGCCAACGCCCUCAAAUACGGGUACAGGCAUAUCGAUACUGCCUUUGGAUAUGGGAAUGAACAGGCCGUCGGCAAGGCGGUCAGGGACAGUGGAAUCCCUCGCCAGGAGAUCUUUGUCACUACAAAGCUGACCAACUCUUAUCAUGGGAAAGUCCAGCAAGGGUUCGAGGAGUCGUUCAAGGCAUUGAACAUUGACUACAUUGAUCUCUUCCUUGUUCACUGGCCUCAGGGUGAAGAUCCCGAAACGGGCAAGACGAUCCCCAAGGGACAAUCACCUACAUUUGUUGAUACCUGGAAGAACAUGGAGAAGCUCGUUGGACCACGAUGUAAGGCCAUCGGGGUCUCAAAUUUCAGCGUGAAGAACCUCGAGAUCCUCCUGAAGGAGGCCAAGGUCGUUCCUGCCGCUAAUCAGGUCGAAUCUCACAUUUACUUGCCUCAAGCUUCGCUUGACAAGUACUGCAAGGACAAGGGGAUCGUCCUGACCGCUUACUCGCCUUUGGGUCAACCGGCCUCUGGCAAGUCUUCUCCAAUCCUUGAUGAACCGCUUGUCAAGGAGCUCGCGAAGAAGUACGACACACAACCCGGCACGAUUCUCAUCUCUUGGGUUGCCCAGAGACCCAACUGGAACACCGUGCCCAAGUCAUCCAACCCCGCUAGACUCAAGGCAAACUUCGAGAUUGUCAAGCUUGAUCAGGCUGAUCACGACGCCCUCUCUGCGAUCCACAAGGAAUCAGGCAAGACGACGUCUCUGGUCGACUACGCCGAGAAGAUGAAAAAGGAGCGAGUGGUCUUUGGUUGGAGCGUCGAGGACAUGGGAUGGGAGAACCUCGACUAGGUCCGUCCAUUGUAGCAUAACACCAAUUGCUGUAGAUACUGUCUAUAUGCACACCACGCCGUCAUCAGCC